AUGAAGUGUCUUGUUGCUGUUCUGGUGUGUGUGGUGCUUGCAGAGGGAAUCGUCAAGAUCCCUCUGCACAAGCACAAGUCCAUGCGUGAGGCCCUGAGAGAGAAGGGGAUCGAGCUGCCUUACCAGGACCCGGCUCUGAAGUACCAGUAUGGCGAGUUUGCCGGCUCUGCCAACAUGUACAUCAAUAACUACGCUGAUACCACCUACUACGGCGCCAUCAGUAUUGGAACACCCCCCCAGUCCUUCCAAGUGCUGUUUGACACCGGCUCUGCCAACCUGUGGGUGGACUCUGUCUACUGCAACACUCAGGCCUGCAACACACACACAAAGUUCAACCCCCAGCAGUCCUCCACCUACAGUCGCAAGGGACAAUCCUUCUACCUGCCCUACGGAGCUGGAAGCCUCUAUGGAGUCUUUGGAUACGACACUGUCAAUGUUGGCGGAAUUGUGAUCAAUAACCAGGAGAUCGGUCUGAGCACAAAUGAGCCUGGUCAGAACUUUGUGGUGGCCAAGUUUGACGGCAUCCUCGGCCUGUCCUACCCAACCAUCUCAGCUGGAGGAGAAACUCCCGUCUUUGACAACAUGAUGAGUCAAAACCUGCUGAGUUAUGACAUAUUCGCUUUCUACCUGUCCAGGGGAGGACAGCAGGGCAGUGUGCUCUCUUUUGGAGGAGUGGACAACAGUCUUUACCAGGGCCAGAUCAACUGGACCCCAGUCACCGCUGAGACCUACUGGCAGAUCGGUGUUGAUGGCUUCCAGAUCAAUGGUCAGGAGAUCGGCUGCUCUCAGGGCUGCCAGUCCAUUGUGGACACUGGAACCUCCACGCUGACAGCCCCAAGCCAGCUUAUGGGUAGCAUCAUGCAGGCCAUUGGAGCUCAAGAGAACCAGUAUGGAAUGUACAUGGUGGACUGCAACCAGGUCAACAAUCUGCCAACUCUCUCCUUUGUUAUCAGCGGCGUUAGCUUCCCUCUGCCUCCCUCUGCGUACAUCAUUCAGCAUUACCAGAAUGGAUACCAGUUCUGCAGUGUGGGCAUCACCCCCACCUACCUGCCCUCUCAAGAUGGCCAGCCCCUGUGGAUCUUUGGAGACGUGUUCCUCAGGGAGUACUACUCCGUCUACGACCGCAGCAACAACCGUGUUGGCUUUGCCACAGCUGCCUAA